AUGGGCCAUGAUUUCGUCGACAGCGCCAAUGGCCAACAGGCCUGGCUCGGCAAUGAUCUCACACUUCAGCAAGGAAGUUUCAAUGAGAUGUCCCCCACGAAUGCAUUCGCCGUCGACCCAUCCUUGAUGAAUCCUCCCUCCAAUGACUCCGUCGCCUACCAAAAUUCCCCCUCGCAGGGCCAUGGUUCCGAUGGUGGCGUCCCGUUCGUAUAUGGCUACGACUCCGACACAUUCUGGAAUGCACCGCCUUAUUAUCAAACAAAUCAGCUAGAUAACGCCGAAGUCAACGCAAGCUCCGAGAGUCAUGCGCUCCACAAUGAGGGCGUCUACAGCGUUCACUCUCGACAUCCGAGUCUGACCGAGACAAACGUUGUUCGGACAAGCUGGGACAACAUUGACCCAGAAUUGAUGUCAGGCUGGCAAGGGGUAGGUGGAAGUGAUCAUGCUCCAGUGAACGACGAUCCACUACGAUCCCCUGGACAGUACAGUCAUUGGCCAGUCAACAAGUGA